AUGGAGUUCACCCCAGGAAAACAUUCUUUUGUUAAAAUUUCGAUGGAAAAAUCCUACGACGACGAUCAGGGCUCAUCAGUGCAGUACGAUGUGUCCGAGGCGCUGUUGGGGGCAUCGAGCUCACCUUGCGUCUCAAACAGAGGAUCCAAGUCUCCGAAAACUUGGAUCAAACACAACACUGUGAAGAUCCUGUUGACCUUCGCUUUGGUCGUCAUUGCGUUCGAGAGCAUUUAUAUUGUUGAAAUCCAACGGAGAGCGAACAUACGCUUCCUUGGGCCGACGGGUUUGAGCCGUGAGCGGACGGUUCCCCGGACAAUCUAUGCGCAUUCAAAAUACAUGUCCAACGAUGAGGACGUGGCAUCCAGGGCAUGGGACGAGAUCCUUGCGGGUCACGGAGUGAUUGCCCUCGAUGCCGAAUAUGUUGCGGAGAAGAAUCUCCCACCGAGUGUGGCUCUCCUGGACGACAGUGGAAACUUCAUGUACGUGAUUGAAGCGUACCAUGCUAUGCAUUGCACCAAAGUAAUUCGCGAGCACUACAUAUUGAUGGAGCAAGGUCGUGCCUGGAACUGGUCCCGUCCGCAUGACAUGCAUUGCUUCGAUGCGCUGCGACAAUACAUCAUGUGCAACGUUGAUGACACUAUUCUUUGGACGAAUGGCCAUAGAGAGACUGGCCAUGGGCAGGAGAAGAAGUGCAAUGACUGGGAUGCACUUCGGGACUAUGCGGAGUCGAAGUCGGCCAACUAUUUCGAUGUGGAGCCAGAGAAGGGCAUCAUGCACUUGGACAACUAUCAUGCUGGUGAUGGACUGACAUGGUAG